UACGUGACGUCAUUUGAGGUGUCGUACUCCAACAACGAAAUGGACUGGGCAGUGUUUACUGGAAAUUCAGAUCAAAAUCAGGUAUUCGAUGGAAACAGCGAUGCAAAUAACACCCAAGACAACACGUUUAACCCACCUAUCAUCGCGAGAUACAUCAGGAUUAACCCACGGAGUUGGCAUAGUUGUGGGAAAAAACGCUGUAUCUCCAUGCGGAUAGAACUGCUGGGUUGUGAGUUUACUACCACCACACAACCAACUACAGUAUCUACCACCAGUACUAUUAAAACUACAUCGUCUCAGCCCACGUCGACAGUGAGGACAACACGGUCUACACUGACCUCCACUUCCACGAAUGGCUUGUCAGGUUCCACCAUACAGGCUCCACCAGAGACCCCUCAGGCCCCAGGAACAACGACCGUUGUCUUGAACAGAACACAAGGUGAUGAUGGAAACCUGGCUAUGCUACAGGGUUCUGGAUUUCCUACAGGAAUCAUCGUUGGCGCCAGUGUUGGUGGGGUGAUCUUCAUUAUGGCCAUCACGGUUGGAGCUGUCUUUAUAAUCAGAAGGAGAGGCAGAAAUGAUUCUCAGAAGAAACCCACCAAUGACGAAGGAGAAGGGACCGUUGAUAACAUCAUCUACGACACAGCAACCUUCUCAGCCAAUGAGACUGGCGGGGGCGUUUCGUUUGGCCAAUCAGGUGACUUCGUUGACAACGAGCUUUAUGCAGGAGUCGGGGAUUAUCCUGCCAGAGACGUACAGAACCAAGCAUCACAGAAGGACGACCAGGACCGUCUAUACGCUAACGUCAACAACUCACAAGACGAAGGUUUUGUGGACAAUGACUUAUACGGGUCUCUUUAGACCCAGGAUAGAGACUUGCCUGAAGAAAAUCGCGCUCCUAGCGGCCGGCCUUACAGUUGCCACCACCUCGGGGAGGGGGUCAUUAACGCCAGCUAGCGAGAGAUUUUGCAAACACAGGCUAGAAUAGAGACAUGCACUGUUGAUUCUUAGCCAAAUGAGACAUAAGGCAAUAUGAGGACUCUGCCCUUACGACCCUUGGGACUUUGUACAUUAUCAUAUCGAUAAUUAUAAAGGACUUCAAUUUCAAUUAAAUCCAACACAGUGAGCUCAUUUGACGGUUUAAGAUACAAAGAUGAUUCAAUAGAUAAAAAGAAGGCACAAGUUGUACUUGAUCGUUUUCGCAUUCCACUCCAAAACAUUUAUUGAGCAGAUACGACUGUCAUUCUUACUUAUAUGUUGUUCAGAAGAUGUUGCAUACCAUAGGCUUCAUGAUACAUAAAAAGCAAAAUAGAUACUUGUAUAACGUGUAUCUGAUAGUUAUCAUGAGAAAAAUACAUAUAUACUGCUACGAAACAAAAUGUGAAUAUAUGUGUCGUGUCUUGUUUUUUCUGUAUGUUGUGUUUCUAACUAUUUCAACUUACCAUCAAGCUACUUAUACAGCUGGUCGUGAUGACCUUUGCUUUUUUAGUAUACAGAUUAUCAUGAAGGUCCCUACUCUUUGUUUAAUCGGGAAUCUUUACCAAAUAUUGAUUGUAUGCUACCAUUGUCAUAACACAGAUUUAGUUAGAGAGGGAACAGAAAAAAAUAGAUAAAUCGAUAGACCAAAGUUACGUUUUGAUUGACUUUACAACUGAACUGAUCCGCAGCUUUGUCCUGCGUCAUUUAUACACAUUGUUUUCUGCGUUUGUUACACCUACGUUUCUCUCCAAUGCCGUCAACAAAGAAUGUCGUGCUCACUG